AUGGCAUAUGAUAUUGAAGAGGAAACAGCGGAAAACCCUCAAGGUCUGAGCUUCACUGGCACCCUAUCCCCCAUCUCUGUGCCACCUGCAACAGGCUCACUUUCUGGCUCACUUAUUGCUGGCAACCCACCUACCAGCAGUAAUGUGGUAAAUUUCCCCUUUGGUCCAUGUAAAUGCUUCCCUGAGUCCAAGGAAGUGACCAUUGAAUGUCCAGUGUCUGGCACCCUUCUACUACUCGAAGUGGAGAUACAAGGACAGUCAGAAGCAACAGCUUUGCCUCAUGGCACCCUAACCCUGACAAAAUCUGCCCCUCUGGACCUGCAGGAGCUGUUUCAGGACACGCCAUUGGCAGCCUGGUACUUGGAGAUGAAGCAUAGAUGGGAGCCCUACUGGCUGCCCGUACUGUCUGAUGCCUCUAGGAUUGCACUCCUCUGGAAGUCCGGUGGCACAUACCUAGACACAGACUUCAUCGUCUUCAAGAACCUGAGGAACCUGACUAACACGCUGGGCCUCCAAUCCCGAUACGUCCUCAACGGAGCCUUCCUAGCCUUCGAACGCCACCAUGACUUCUUGGCACUGUGCAUGUGUGACUUUGUGGACCACUACAAUGGUUUGAUUUGGGGCCCCCAGGGCCCCCAACUGCUCACCCGGGUCUUCAAGAAGUGGUGUUCCACCCGCAGCCUGGAGGAGAGCCACACUUGCCGUGGGGUCACUGCCCUGCCCCCUGAGGCCUUCUACCCCAUCCCCUGGCAGGACUGGAAGAAAUACUUUGAAGACAUCAGCCCUGAGGAGCUGGCCCGGCUGCUCAAUGCCACCUACGCCGUUCACGUGUGGAACAAGAAAAGUCAGGGUACACACCUAGAUUCCACGUCCAAGGCUCUGCUGGCCCAGAUACAUGCCCGCUACUGCCCCACGACACAUGAAGCCAUGAAGAUGUACUUGUGAGGGUUCUCCAGGCUGCCUUCAUGUUAUAUCAGCACUGUAACUGCCUUUCCCAGGGAGGCAAGAUGAGCGAGCAGGCAGGAAAGAUGGCUCCGAGCUGCUGCUGCCAACUUCAGAGGAGAUCAAAGCUGGCACGGGGAGCAUGUGCCACCUCUACGCACCUGCCCCUGCAGGCCAGGGUGGAUACAGUUUGCCCAGUGUUCUGGACUGGCAAGUGAUGCUAGACUUAGUAGCAUCUGGGACCUUAAUGAGCUAGAUCAGCAAGCCUGGAACACGGGAGAGCAUCCUAAAGUAGCUGGAAGUCAACUGGGGCCAGGAGCAGAGCUCAGAGAAGCCUGGGUAGAAAUGCCAAGAAGGGUGGGGCUCUCCCAGCUUCCUGAGCCCAAGGGGCGGGGCAGAGCUCGCUGGGAACUCCAUCUUACCUCCCGUAGGGCACUGCUCUGAAGAUCUGCCACAGUCCAUUCCAGUGUGGAGGGGAUAUGGAAAUUCUUUUGGCUAGGGAAAAGUGUUCUUUGGUUUGGUUUGGUUUUUGUUAUUGG